CCCGUCCACCUGAAACUUGUGACACUACAGUUUAUCUGAGUUGUUGUUGUUAACAUCGCUGCAUUUCCGCUAUAGUCGUUUGUGGGGGAGAUAAACAUGGAAGCUAAACUAAAGAAGGAGUUGGGGACAGCCAUGCUGAAGUCUACCGGUCACUCAGGAGGUGGAUGUAUCAGCGAGGGACAGAGUUAUGAUACAGACACUGGGAGAGUGUUUGUGAAGAUCAAUCACAAGAGCGAGGCUAAACAGAUGUUUGAUGGAGAGAUGGCCAGUUUGGAAGCCAUUUUAAAGACGGACACUAUCAAAGUCCCCAAAUCUGUGAAGGUGAUCGAGCUCGACACAGGGGGAUGUGUGUUUGUGAUGGAGCAUCUGGACAUGAGAGGUCUGAACAAGUACUCAAAGCACCUGGGAGAGCAGCUGGCCGAUCUGCAUCUUCACAACAAGAGACUGAUGGAAACAUUUGAGAAAGAGCAGCAGACAGUGGGGAAAGGAGCUGGGCAGUCAGAUGUGGCUGUUGUUGGGAAAUUUGGCUUUAGUGUACCUACAUGCUGUGGAUAUCUACCACAGGUAAAAAAAAUAUAUUGUAUCUGUAUACUAGGUGAAACUGGACUGUAUUACGGGUGCCUGGUCUUUAAGUCACUUUUGUUUUUGAUUUUCUCCUCCCUCCAGAGAAACGAGUGGCAGGAUGACUGGGUGACAUUUUUCUCCCAGCAGCGGCUGCAGCACCAGCUAAACAUGGUGGAGAAUUCUCAUGGAGACAGGGAGGCCAGAGAGCUGUGGGCCAAGCUACAGCUGAAGAUCCCUCAGUUUUUCACGGAUGUGGAGAUUGUCCCUGCUCUCCUCCAUGGAGAUCUAUGGGGAGGCAAUGUGUCAGAGUGUACAGAUGGCCCAGUCAUCUUUGACCCUGCUUCCUUCUAUGGACAUUCAGAGUUUGAGCUGGGUAUCGCUGGAAUGUUCGGUGGCUUCAACAGAUCUUUUUACUCUGCUUACCAUGAAAAGAUUCCUAAAGCGCCCGGCUUUGCAGAGAGAAACCAGCUUUACCAACUCUACCACUAUCUGAAUCACUGGAACCACUUCGGUGGUGGCUACAGAGGCUCCUCAAUAGGAAUUAUGAAGAACUUAAUGAAGUAAUUGCACACACUUUGCAGAAAGCUUAACAUGUCUUAAAGACAAGCCAAGUAUUAUGUAUAUAUUGACAGAGGCUAAUUUGACCAAAACUAGUGUGGAUAAUUGUUAGAGAGGCUAAAACAUAACAUUUCCGCAUUGUAAUAUAUUUUUGAGUGUGUAUAAAACUGCCCUGAAUGCUCCACCCAUGAUUGUAUUGUAUGAUUUAACAAUGAUACAAACUUAAUUAUCUCCAAAUUAUUUACCUUCUUGACUGACUGUUGAUGUCACACAGACUGAUACACUACCUGCACCUACAGAGUGUUGCUACAUAGUAAUAAAUCAUUGCAAUGUAUUCACUGUUUAACCAACAAUAAAUCCUCAGAUGAUCCAAA